AGACGAUCACACUCUCAAAGGGUCACAUUUGGUCGAGUCUCAUUGCUGGAGUCACAGGACUUUCACAAUGCGGUGUCUGCUUUCAGCUUUUCUUCUGCCACUGAUUCUGCGCUCAUGCACCGGUGCAGACUGGUGCUACCAGACACAAGUGAGCUGUGAAUCCCACUGUAAAGGACCAGACCGAUGGAGUGAAGUCAGUGCAGACUGUGGGAAGAACAGACAGUCACCAAUCAACAUAGUGACGAAGAAAACCAAGCUGGACGAGCGGCUGACGCCUUUCAAAUUCACCGGCUACCAGACCGUAUUCGACAGCACCAUGAAGAACAACGGCCACUCGGUUCAGGUCAGUAUACCCAUCACAGCCACAGUGUAUGGAGGAAACCUGGGAGAAACAUACAAGGCCGUUCAGUUUCACCUCCACUGGGGCACCAACGGAGGUCCUGGAUCUGAACACACCGUCGAUGGAGAGCAGUAUCCUAUGGAGCUGCAUAUAGUGCACAUGAAACAAAGACACAACAGACUUGAAGACGCACUCAGAGAUCCUUCUGGAGUCGCGGUGCUGGGAUUCUUCUACGAGGAGUCGAGCAGCGCAAACAGAAAGUACGAUCUCUUCACACACGGCCUGCGCAGCAUCCAGAAUACAAAUGGAAACACGACGCUCCGUAAGAUCUCUCUGAAUCAGCUCAUUCUGCCUGAAGUCAACAUGACUAGCUAUUACCGGUAUGACGGCUCUCUAACCACACCUGGCUGCACGGAGGCUGUGGUGUGGACGGUGUUUGAAAACCCCAUUCCCCUCGACAGAGAACAGCUGCGGGGUUUUUCCACCCUGAAGUUCCACGAUGGGAAACCAAUGGUGGGAACGUUCAGACCCGUUCAGCCGCGUAACGGACGCGUGGUUUACCGGUCCAGCGGCGCAGCGGUCGCCGCCAGCGCUGUCCUGAUUCUGGCCUGCAUCAGCGCAGCGCUCGGCCUGUCCCGUCCGAACUAGAGCGAGACCGAGACCGACCCGUUACCGGCACACAAUCAACACAAUGAGUUCUCAGCCAAUCAAUGGAGCAACAGAAGAAAACCACACACAAGCCGUUUCUACAGGAUACUAGAGUAGUUAGUGUAGAAAUUUGACCACAGCAGUCGACUGCAUGACAAGUAGAUGUGAGUUCAUAGCUAUCAAUAGGAGCUGGACUAAAGCCACUCGGACUUUCUGUGAAGGUCUGACGGGUAAUAAAUGCAUGACCUUUAUCUGUUAUAGACAUCAGCCA